UCUUCUCUCCUCUUCGUCUAAGUAUGGAUGAAUUUGUAAAAAUCUGGCUUGAAGGAGAAGCCGCUGCAAUAAAAGCGGAGAAAGGAGAAAAGCCAAAUUCAUCCUCACAGGCAUCCGGCCUGCAAAGGGACUGGGUAUUGCUAAUGGCUGAGAGCAAUGCGCCUGUUAUUUCUCCGGAAAGAAAAGUUGAAUUCUCUAAAGUUUGAUUCACUGUUAGGUCUAGAGAGUUUACUUGAGUUUCCUUAAUGCUGUCUGGGUUGCUGAGCUCUGGGUUUCCGGUUUGGAAAUCUUUGGUGAUGGAUGUGACUCCAUUUUCCAAACACUUUCUCUGAUUUGAGGGGGAGGCGGAGCUGGUUUGGGUUGAUUUCGGGCGGUGGAAGGCUUGGAGACUUACUCAUCUUCCAAAAGUGAGAGGAAAUCGGCCGAGGGCCCGAGGUAGAGUUCGUUAAGCUCCCUAAGCGCAGGUGGGACAGCAACCAAGAAAUCCUUUCUUUUUCUUUUUCUUUUCUUUUCUUUUCUCCCCCCAUCCCCCACGUCCAAGGACAUGCUCUAGGGUUCCUGGGGCACCCGCGGUACUGUUCAAGAAAGGGAUCCCGAGGCAUGUUUCAUUGCCGGGACUGGGAGUGUUUCAUGGUGGGAGAGACAACGAAAGCGUGUGCUGUUUACUAUAGGACCCCGCUUCGGAGAAAGGGGAAGGGGCCGGGAGAUGGUAUCCAACCUGGGCUGUCCAAAUCCUGGGAAACCCAGCUGAGCAUCCCGAGAGUUUGCUCCGUGGGGCUCCAAGGGCGCGGAGGGAGCCGAGGAUGGGGCCGAAAGAGGACAACGCGGGGAGAACAGUCCGUCCUAGCACGGCCAGCAAAGUAGUGACCGCCAUCCCCUUGCUUCCUCAGGUAUGAAAGAUGCCGCCGAGCUUCUGGGCCACCGGGAGGCGGUGAAGUGUAGGCUGGGCGUAGGGGGCUCCGAUCCGGGGGGCCAUCCGGGGGACCUAGCGCCCAACUCGGACCCGGUGGAGGGAGCCACUCUGCUGCCCGGGGAGGACAUCACCACAGUGGGCUCUACGCCGGCCUCGCUGGCGGUGAGCGCAAAGGAUCCGGACAAGCAGCCAGGGCCCCAAGGCGGCCCAAACCCCAGCCAAGCCGGCCAGCAGCAGGGCCAACAGAAGCAGAAGCGCCACCGGACGCGCUUCACGCCAGCGCAGCUCAACGAGUUGGAGAGGAGCUUCGCCAAGACUCACUACCCAGACAUCUUCAUGCGCGAGGAGUUGGCGUUGCGUAUCGGGCUGACAGAGUCCCGAGUGCAGGUCUGGUUCCAGAAUCGGCGCGCGAAGUGGAAGAAGCGCAAGAAGACUACCAAUGUGUUCCGCGCUCCUGGCACGCUGCUGCCCACGCCAGGCCUGCCACAGUUCCCGUCGGCCGCCGCAGCCGCCGCCGCCGCCAUGGGCGACAGCCUGUGCUCUUUCCACGCCAACGACACCCGCUGGGCGGCGGCAGCCAUGCCUGGCGUGUCGCAGCUGCCGCUGCCGCCGGCACUGGGCAGGCAGCAAGCCAUGGCACAGUCGCUGUCCCAGUGCAGCCUGGCGGCGGGGCCGCCGCCCAACUCCAUGGGCCUGUCCAACAGCCUGGCGGGCUCCAACGGCGCGGGGCUGCAGUCGCACCUCUACCAGCCCGCCUUCCCCGGCAUGGUGCCCGCCUCCCUUCCCGGCCCCAGCAACGUCUCCGGCUCGCCCCAGCUCUGCAGCUCCCCGGACAGCAGCGACGUGUGGCGGGGCACAAGCAUCGCCUCUCUCCGCCGCAAGGCGCUAGAGCACACAGUCUCCAUGAGCUUCACUUAAUAUAGCCGCACCCGGCCCGCUCCGCCCCCGGCGUCGCCCCCAGGUCCGCCCCGCGGCCCUGGAGGCAAGCGCCCAGGCCCCCGCUCCCGGCCCGGGCCCCUGCCCCGGCGCCUCGCCCCGCCCGCCCCGGCCCCGGCGCCCUGCUCCCACCCAGCCCGGCCUCCGCCACAUCUUGUUCAGUCCCUUCCUCUCUCCUCCACUCUCCUGGGCUCACCCCAAGCCCAGCCCACGAGACCUCCCCUCCGUCUGAUUUCGCUCGCCCCACCCUCCCCAAAACCCUUCUCCCGGCCUCACCCACUCCUCCCUCCGCCCGGUCUCCAGCACCUCACCCGACCCUUUCCCGCUACCCCGGGCCUUCCCGCUCGCACUCGUCGUGCUCGCGCCCUCCUCAUGGCCUGCCGACUGGCGGCAUUCCCAUGCACACCUUCCACACGACGCUCUCGGCCCGCUCGCCUACCGCCUCCCCUGCGGUCCCUUCUUUCCCGGCCCCUCCUCCCGCGCCCUGCAAAAAGCAUCCUUCCCGCCAUUUUACUUACCAGGGAGUAGACUCAGGAUCUGAAAUCAGACAUCAAUGGACUGGUUUGUGGGCAGAAACAAACACACACACACACGCACUCUCGCUCACUCUCAGACACUAUACACACGCGCACACACACAUACACAGUGCACCUAGGUCACACACGGACGUGUUCAAGGGACAGCACAAUAUAGGGACUUUUGUCUUAAAGGAGGACAAGCAUCUGCUACCAACCGCCUCAUCUGAGGGCCCAACUGAUUACAAUUUGAUUUAUCCUCAUAUUCUUGCUCCGAACUCCUUUCUUUCUCUCCUCUCUCACCAUCCGUCCUUUGCCCUGUCCACCCAGUCGCAUCCAUGCAGCCCCCUAUUGGCUUGCAAAAGAACGCUUUUAUUUUACCUUACUUUUAUUUUCUUAAGCACAACUGUGUGAGGGUAUUGAAGGGAAGCCUUCUCAGGAGGAGAAUGCCAGUGGAUUGGGUGGCUGGAGUAGACUAAAACAGUCAUGUGAUGAAGAAGAGGUGAUCUUACCCAUUUUGAUAAGUCUUUAUAAGGAAGAAUAAAAUAAACAUGUAAGAAAAAUUUCCUUUUGUAAAAGCCACAUCUCUUUUCUGGAUCCUUCAGGACUGGGGUUUGUUUGCUUCCUUUAUCCGUUUCUCUCUCCUCGAUGCUCUGUGCCCUUGGUUGUUUUGUGGUCGUCCUGUCGUCCCUCGUGCCCCUCGGCCACCGCCCUGGCCCCUGCCGGCUGCCGAUGGGUGCACUCGGACAUCUACAACCCUGCAAAUUUGUACAGAGAAACACAAUCAGCUCUUUCUGCAUGUGCUGGUCAAAUCCAAACCCAGAGAACAAAAGCGCUUUCGAAGAAUGAACAAACAUGUGAAAUAGGAUGUUUUGUGUAGAUAAAGCAUUCUUGUUACAUACUGGUCAAUUUGUGAUAUGUUUUAACUUAUUGUCUGUGCUUAUUUAUGGAAUUUGGUUUUCUUAAUAAAUGUUUGAGCUAA